AUGACAUCUCCAUUGUCUCUAUCAGCCUUGUUAAGUGUAUGUCCGCAUGGAGCUUGGGUGACAGAAGAUGUGGCAAUUGAAUUGUUAGAGGGAGUGACAUCUGCGGACGAUUUGCAACGACUUCACCUUGCCGGAGCCUUGCCCGAUGUCCUAGUGGAAUAUAUGGUAGCCGAGUGGAUGCUCCUUCACCUUUUGAAAAAUACAGAUUUAUCUUUGUACAUGCCGCCAAAACUUGGCAAGAAUGAGGAAACUACAGUAGCUGUGGCUAUUGUUGUGAACUUGGAUGAAAAUGACGAAGAACAAGUGACGAAGUACCCAGGCGAAAACGAUGAUGGAUUCCAUUAUGGAAAGGCAGCCACACUGAUGCGAAAAAAUGACGAAAAGAAGAUUCUGUCUUCCUAUACUCCCAAGCUGCUACCAUCAGGUUAUACCAUGCAAUUUGUUCAUGAUGAAUUGUGUGAUCAAAUUGUUUGUCAGAUUGUGCAUUCGGAUAGCUUUGGCAAUGCCUCGGCCAAGAAAAGCGACACUAUGGAGAUGAUUCAAGAAUAA